AUGGAUUUGGAAUUAUUUUCGAGAAUGCUCUCGAGUUCGGAAAGUUUAGAAAAUAUUGUCACGAGUAAAUUAAACAGAACAAAAAGUUGUCAAGGACUCGGUGGAACUGAUCGGAAAAGACGUGGUCAGUUGUGGACCCCAAAAAAAAAAAAAGUGGCAACGCCACACACACUGCACCGGAGGCAGGCUUCUUCUCAGGGUUUGCCGGUUUACGAGGUGAUUGAGAUUUUUUAA